AAAAUACUCCACCAUGGUCGUGUAUGCCGUGGAUGUCGGCGGGUCGACCCUGAAGCAUGGCGAUGUGGCCGGGGCGACAUAUGCUGUGUCAUCAAACUGCGUGCGGGUGAAUGCCAAGCAGCACACCGCGCAGAUCCGCCGGCCCAUUGAGCGGGGGUACGUCGUCAAUUGGACAUUGCAGGGAGACAUUUGGCAGGAAGCAUUGACUGUUGACCCAGAUGCGACGUUGUUGCUCACCACACCUGUCUUCACCCCAGAGAAGCUCCUGCACACGCAGGACGAGGUCGUGUUCGAGGAGUUCCACAUGGCGGGGAUGGCCAAUGUGAUUCCGCAGGCCAUGGUGCCGUUGACGUUGUCGUCGUCGUCCCCUGUGCAUGUCAUCGUGGACGUAGGGUUCUCGGCCACGCACAUCGUGCCUUGGAUUGACGGAUCGAUCGUGUGGGCCGGUGUGCGGCGACUAAACGUCGGCGGCAAGUUGCUGACCAACUACCUAAAGGAAUGCGUGAGUUUUCGCCAGUGGAACAUGAUGGAUUCGUUCGACCUCAUCAACGACGUCAAGGAGGCAGUUUGUCGUUGUUCGUUGGAGUUUGACAAGGACAUGAAGGCGUAUGCUACAUCCUCAGGUCCUAGUACUACUACUAGUACUACUACUGCAUCUAUCACCCCCACGCAUCCUACUCCACUGGUUCAACAAUGGGCACUCCCAGACUUUGUCCAUUCAUAUCAAGGCAAAUUGGUGACCCCCACGACCGAUUUGCCGCCGCAUGUCCAGGUGUUGCGUGUGGGUGUGGAGUGCUUUGCAGUGCCGGAAGUGCUAUUCCAUCCAUCCGACAUUGGAAUCGAUCAAGAAGGUAUCGCAGGCGGCAUCGCAGAUGCCAUCGCGGCGUGCCCUCCAUUUGUCCAGGGUCUGAUGUACCAGCACAUCGUUGUCACUGGGGGGUCGUCCAAAUUCCCGCACUUUAUCGAUCGGUUGCGCGUCGAUUUGCGGCCGCUCGUACCCGCGGAAUAUGCCCUCCACGUCACCCUUCACGAUGACCCCGUUGGCGCUGUAUGGCGAGGCUGCCAAGCAUUUGCAAACACUCGGACGUUCAAAGAAGAAGCAGUUGUUACCAAGGAAGAGUACAUGGAGAUGGGAAGCGCGGCGUUGUACCGAUGGAGGAACAAAGCGAUGACACCUACGCACGAGUGGAAGCAAUGAUGACUGACUAAUGUAUCAACGUGUAGAUAGUAUUACUAAGCGAUACUACUACUAGUAGGAUUGGGAUAUCCCUGUUUCCAUA